UGCGUGGAGAAGCCCCCGGACUGGCAACAAAAUAACAAAAGCUUUCGAACGUUGCAACAGCGAGCGGGGCUCCCCCGCACCUGCGCCUUUGCCCUGUGCGCGCCCGGGCGCCCAUUGCACCCGGUUCCGGGGAGCUGUCAGGCAGGAGGCGAGCUGCAAAAGGGAGCUGCGGCUGGUUGUUUAUCUGGAGGAAGGAGGAGGCGGGGGGACUGGAAACCGCCUGUGUCCCAUUCCUCUCUCUCUCUCUCUCGUGAGUGUGUGUGAGUGUGUGUGAGUGUGUGAGUGGUCCCCCUCCUCCUUCCUCUCCUCCUCCUCCCUCCCUCCCUCGCUUCAGCCCUGGAUUCUCCAUGUUGGACCCGAUCUGAGGAGCAUCUGCGUCGCUGCCUUCGCGCGCGGCUUCCUCCGGGGUUUUGCAACUGAGGAGGGAGUGGGCGACAUCGUGCUCCGUUGCGCUCCCCCCACCCCACCCCGUUCCUCCUCCUCCUCCCUGGACAUUUCCCUCCUUUCCACCCCCUCCUCCUCCUCCUCCUCCUUCCUCCUCCUCCUCCCAACCAAAGGAUCCCCAGGGUCUGUGGGAUUGUUAGAUGGAAAGCCGGUCCAUCAUCACCCAAGUGCAGAGGGACGAAGCCUUGGUGCUUUCGAAACAAGUCUUGGUGUCCAAAUCCUCUCCGAAGAAGCCUCGUGGCCGGAACAUCUUCAAGGCUUUCUUCUGUUGCUUUCGCGCACAGAAUGUCGGGCAGUCGGGCUUUGGUGGGGAUCAUGGCCCACACAAGGAGGAAACCAGCACCAUCGCCAAGUCUGAUCUGUUGCAGUGUCUUCAAUACCAGUUUUACCAGAUUCCUGGGACGUGCCUUCUCCCUGAGGUGACUCAGCAAGACCAGGGCCGAAUCUGUGUGGUGAUUGAUCUGGACGAGACCUUAGUGCACAGCUCCUUCAAGCCAAUCAACAAUGCUGACUUCAUAGUGCCUGUUGAAAUAGAGGGGACAACCCACCAGGUGUACGUGCUGAAAAGGCCAUUUGUCGAUGAGUUCCUGAGGCGGAUGGGGGAGCUGUUUGAGUGUGUGCUCUUCACGGCCAGCUUGGCGAAGUAUGCUGACCCUGUAACUGACCUGCUAGACAAGUGUGGAGUCUUCCGAACCCGCCUCUUCCGAGAGUCAUGCGUGUUCCACCAGGGCUGUUAUGUUAAGGACCUCAGCCGUUUGGGGCGUGAUCUGCGCAAAACCUUGAUCCUGGACAAUUCUCCUGCCUCCUACAUCUUCCAUCCAGAGAAUGCGGUGCCAGUCCAGUCCUGGUUUGAUGACAUGGCCGACACCGAGCUGCUGAACCUGAUCCCGAUCUUUGAGGAGCUGAGCGAAGCGGAGGAUGUCUACACCAGCCUUGGCCAGCUGAGGGCGCCCUAAGGCCUUCCUAUGCCCACAGAGGAACUUUUUUCACUCAGUGCCUUCAGUACUGGCCUGGAGGGGAAGGGGGAGCCGUGGGGACGGUUCUCCGCAACCCCACCGCAAGGCAGAUGCAAGCACUUUGGAGGCAAUAACCUGAACGGCCGCCCCACUGGACAGCGCCAGAGCAGUUUCCAACCAGGGUAUGGCAGGAUCCCAGAGCCUCUGGCCUUUCCUCCAAAAGCAGGGUCACCCAAGGCCCCGUCCCCAACAGCGCUUGUAUCUAUGCACUGCGAGGAUACAGGGAGCAUCGUGAAGGCGCACCAUUUCUCCAGGGCUCGGCUUCCUCCAUUCGCUGCAGGGUGGUUAGUUCUGGGUGUGGUUUGUGCAGUGUAAGCUGCCUGUUCCCCCUGCCUACCCUCUCCUCUCCUCCUCUAAAGCAAUGCCAAAUGUCUUGGCUGACCCUUCUUCUUUUGGGAUUACAAAAGCUAUAUGCCUCCUCGCUCCCUCUUAGAUGCUCCUGAGAGUGCUGCUUACCCAGGACCUGGGGCACAGCCAUGGGGCCUAGCAGUUUUGCCGCCUUAUCUCCCAGGAAGGCUGCGCAGGGCAGGGCACGGAGGUGGCUCUCCAAUACUUCUGUCCUAGCCAGGUGUCUUUCUGAGGGAUCCUCUCCUUCAGCUGCUCAGGCCACUGGAUUCCUCGGAGGAGAGGCUUUCCUCGCCUUGGAUACCUGGUUAGAGAGAGGGGGGAAAGUAUCUCCCCCCUUUUUUGGUCCUAUUCCCUUCCAGGGUUUCCCCUUCAGAGCAGUAGUGAACCCACAAUUUCAGGGGUCUUUGUCCCUAAUUGUCCUGUUGGCUUUUGGGAAGCCUUUAACUUGUUUUUAUACUGUGUCUUGUGAUUUGGGUUCAGCCUGUAGGGUUCAGCCCCAGAGGGGAAGGGACUCUUUCAGAAACCCUCUUAACGUUAAAAAAAAAAGAAACCGUGGCACGAGCAUAGAAAAGGACUGAGGCUAAGUCAGCCGGCCCAUUCCCACAAACUCCACAUCGGUUGAGGACCGAUGCUGCAGAGAUUGCCAUAUUUCUGCGCUCUGGCCUAUUUUUGCUUCUUGGGUGGGGGGGGGGGACACACAGACCAGGUCACAGGGUUACUUUAAACCUGCCUCAGCACCCUCCCUCAGUGUGAAUUGCUAGCUUUGAAGGACAGGAGGGUGCCUGUGGGUGGCUUUCUGCGGCGGGUGCAACAGAGGCACCCUGCCUUUUCCGCUCAGGACUCGUUCUAGGCUCCAUCGCCGUAACUUGAAAAGCCCGGCCCCUCGGGUGGCCUCAGGGAAUCAUGAACUAGCGUGUUAGAAGCUGGCGGUGGGCAGGGGGCGGCCUGUUCCAUUGUCUCGUGGUGUUCGUUGGGAGAGCAAGGGGAAUGUCGCUGCUGCAGCCUCUGCUCAUGAAGAGACAGAGCCUCUCUUUUUCUGCCAGGCUUUCUUAGGAAACGGGCCCCAGAGAAGCCAGCUGGGCCUUUUUGCACACUCUUCCCCUCAGCAUUUUCACGGCGGCACCAGCUCUCGAGAAACCCAAACGUAGAUGUUGAUAUUGCUUGGGAGCGGCCGCCGCCUCUCCCUUUCUGGGUCUCCCCCCAGCAAUAUGGUACGCUGCCUUUCCUAGUCGUGUCUCUUAACGUUCUGUGAACAAGUGCUUUCGAAGUGCCAUUGGUGGCAACCAAAUACCCACAGCUCAGCCAUCUUGCUUCUCUCCCUCCCGCUCCCGUAAGCAAUACAUUGCAAGUGACUCCAUGCUUAGCCGUUGUGGGGGGUGGGGGCAGGAUGGGGCCAUUCAGGGUUCUUUUUGUUUCUUUCUGGUGCUGCCUCCUUGAUUUGGACGCAAGGGGGGCAGGUAGCGUGGGUCACCUCGCCACCUGGGGCAGGAAGCUAAAAAACAAAACCAGGAGUGAGAGAACCUGUGGCCCAUCCAGAUGUUGCUGGACUUAGGAGACUUAUCACCCCUGACAGUUGUCCGUAGCGGCUGACAGGAGUUUGGGGCCCAACAACAUCUGGAAGGCUUCCUCCCUGCGCAACAGGACCAAAGCUUUACCAUCCUUGUUUUUGGCUGAGUGAGCAGGCACCUCUUAGCCUGGCCAAAGUGCUUCUAGAAGUUUCAGUCGCCAUUUUUUAAGUGUGAGGAUUGGCUACUCCUUGACCUGUGUGUGUGUGCGCGUGUGUGUGCGUGCGUGUGUCUCUCUGUGUGUGUGUGCUAGGCCUCAAAUGGUGCUUGAGAGGAGUCUGCGGCUGCUGCUUCUCUUUCCUCCUCUUGCUGGCCUUGCUUCCACUCUCUUUGCCUCAGCAGCUGUGGAGAGGGUAAUGGAGGUGACACACAAGUCCCUAACUUCAUGGAGGGAAGAGUUUCUUCUUCUAGUUCUGUUUUCUCCACGACACAUACCAGUGAGAGAGCUUUAAACGCUGCGAAGUUAAUGUGUGCUAGAAAGAACAAAAACCCAUUGUUUUCCUUCCUGGUUGAGCCUAUCCUCCUUUGGCAGCCGAGGAGAACGUGCCUCCAUUUCCCUCCCUCUCCUCACGCAACCUGCCUGCUGUUGUCCUGGCCCUUCCUUCAACCGGCUCCUUUUGCUCAGCUCAGCUCCGAAACCCCUUCACUCGAUGGGAAAACAUUGCACUCCUGUUUUCUACACUCCUCCACCUUGGCUGGUGAAAUGUGCUCCAGAAUUUCUCCUCCGUCCCAGUCACGGGACUUAAGAUUUGGGCAAACGGGUGGAAGUUUUGUCAGUCACAGUGUGGUGGGAUCUGUGCGGAGCAGGUUUUGGGCUAAGGAGGCUGAUGCAUGAUAAAUUAAACUGAGCACUCCCAGUUUCAACAAGCUUGUUGAAAGUAAUGUGGAACCGCAAAGUCUGCCGAGCGAUGGAACAAGCUUGGCUGUGUGAAUUAACUCGAGGGCUGAGUCUGCUGAUGCCCAUUCCCACUCUGCAUGAGGCUUCCUUGCCCUGUUUAAUAGCCAUGAUGAUAACCUGAGUCCAAUUGCCAAUGUUGGGAUUGUGCCUUGAUCAAACCCAGCUGACGAUUAGGGUGAAGCACCAUCGAAGAGGCAGCCCUAAUGCUUAAUCAGGGGUGUGCCUUUUAGGGGUGCUCUGCAUACUCCUCCCAUGAAAGUAAACACACACACACACACACGAGAGAGAGUCUUUUGCUGUUCCUCUCGCAUCCCUUCUUUUCAGACAUGCAUAGCGGGUGGCUUUUGAGUAACAGAGCCCAGGGCUUCCCCCUUCUGUCCCCACUUCGUAGAAGUAUGAAAACAUCAAUUGCCUUAGUCAUGUGUCCUCACUUGCUGGGUGGUUUUUCUUUUUUAAAAAUUUUGUUUUAAUUGAAAAAAAAAAGAUAUCCCAAAACUUGAAGCCGGCACUGCUGCCAUUUCGAUCUCUUUCUAUUUUUGGAAUCUUUGUAUUAACUGCAAAUUAAAGAAAUAAUAAAAGAGAGCAGGUGUG